CUGCGCUUCAGUUCACAUUUAAUGGAGAUAUUCUGAGAAACUCUUCUGUGAAAUCUGAGCGAUGCGCCUGCAACUCCCUCAGCGCCUCUGUUCAAUAUCAUGCACCUUUUCACGUUUGAACAGGGUUUUUGAAGAACCUAACAACGUAGUCAAAGUUUUUACUGUGAUCCUUGGAUUUUCCAUAACUAUUGUCUAGAUUAUCUAGGGAAACUCGCACAUGUAAAUUUGUGAUUAAACUGUAAAAUUAGUACAAAGCAAAGGGAUCUUGUUGGGUUUCGUAUGUGUGCGUCCAGUAGACGGCGAUCACAGUCUGUAAAUCAAUGUAGAGAAAGAUGUGACUAUAUUUUGCCUUUUUAUCUGCACAUUUUCUUUGCUAAAUUAAUGACAGUAAAGUCAUAACAGGCGCAGUGAACGUUUUAGUGCUUAUUAUGCUUAUAUAAAAUGGACAUUGUAAAUGUGGACGAUCUUGUCACCUUGUUUUCCCGUGAUGUCGAAUAGAGGACUAUUUUACAUGUUUUAAUUGGUUAAUUGUGGAGUUAUUUAAUUCGUUGGGAUGAAUUUCGACUUUAUAGUUAUUGUGAUAUUGCACUACACCAACGUUUCCGAUACCAAUGAAAAAUGCACUAGCAAAGUUUUUAUUUUAUUUUAUUUUAUUUUUUGCACACCGACAAUUUUCAGCUGUUCCCCACUUUGCACUUGAUGACAAAAGGGCACAUAUGGCACAUGCAAUGGGUGUGAGGCACCUGUUUCUUAGCAACCGUCACUCACAACAGGAAAACACCUGUAGCAUCAAUUUAUUCAAAGGGACUUGAAAGGAUUGUGAUAAAUACUGGAAAAGAUACUGAGAAAAUGUGAAUGAGAACAAAUUUAUAUAUACAAAAAAAGAUAUAAGCCUAAGACUUUUACUUUUGACAUUUCUUUCCUGUUUGGUACUUUUUAAUGAAUAAAAAAGAUUUAUGGUUUAAAAGACUGAAAAAGUUUAUCAAUAUAAUUAUUGUGGUUUAGCCUACUUAACGAGAUUUUUAUUUUAUUUUUUCUGAUAGAAAACCAUAUGGGCUACUUGACAAUAAAAAGCACUGCUCACGUGUUUGAAGUUCAGGCUCCGACGUUUCAGAUCAAUGAUUUAUUGUUUAUUCCAGAGAAAAUGAUCAUUUGGAGAUCAUUUAUCCCAAAUAACAUUUGUCAGCAGUGGUUUGUAGCCAACUGUUUACCUUCCGCGCGCCGCAGAAAAACCCAUCAGCUGCGCCUGUAGCGCGCGCGCUCUCCCGUGCUCGUCACCUGACCGUGAGCCAUAUGCAAAUCUGCCCCGUCCUCAAACGCCAUUGGCUCUCCCUCACUCAUUUAUUCCCUGUCAACGCGCAUCAUAUGGCCGCUCUCCCACUAACUUUUCAAGCCCACCGCUGAAAGUAGCUCAAAGACAAUUCUGCACUGGAUGUGAAAAUCACCCCGAGAGAAAGUUUGAAUAAAACAAAGGGAGACGAGCAGCUGCAAAGUUAACUUACCUUCUAUCCUCUCUCUGGAUUGUACCGAUCUCUCCUGUUCGACUGGCCUCUUUUGUUAUUAAGAGGUCCUACACCUGUGUGCCUGCCAGGAACGGGGACGUGUGAAUGUUUCUGUGUGUGAGCUGAGUAAGUUAAAGCCAGGUGAAUGUAUAGCAUGAUGAUGGAAACGGACUUGCAUUCCCCGGGACCCCAGACUAACACAAACACGGGCCACACGGGACCCAACGGCGGCAGUAAAGUUAACCAAGACCGUGUCAAGAGACCUAUGAAUGCGUUCAUGGUGUGGUCUCGGGGUCAGCGCAGAAAAAUGGCUCAGGAGAAUCCAAAGAUGCACAACUCAGAGAUCAGCAAGCGCCUCGGAGCGGAGUGGAAGGUCAUGUCCGAGCCGGAAAAGCGACCCUUCAUUGAUGAGGCGAAAAGACUGCGUGCCAUGCACAUGAAGGAGCACCCGGAUUACAAGUACCGACCCAGGAGGAAGACCAAGACGCUGCUCAAGAAGGACAAGUACUCUUUGGCGGGUGGCCUGCUCGCUGGAUCAGGUGGCGGAGGCGGCAUGGGGCUGGGAAUGGGAAUGGGUGCAGCGGGGGUCGGGCAGAGGUUAGACAGUCCUGUGGGUCACGGCGGCAACACCGCGGCGAGCUACGCGCACAUGAACGGCUGGACCAACGGGGCGUACUCGGGGCAGGUAGCGGCCGCCGCGGCUGCAGCCGCAAUGAUGCAGGAGGCGCAGCUCGCCUACAGUCAGCACCCGGGCAGCGGAGCGCAUCACCACCACGGACACCAUCACCAUCCGCAUAACCCCCAGCCUAUGCACCGCUACGAAAUGACGGCUCUCCAGUACAGCCCCAUCUCAAACUCUCAGAGCUACAUGAGCGCCUCGCCGUCAGGUUAUGCUGGAAUAUCCUACGCGCAACACCAAAACUCCAGCGUGGCUUCCUCUGGGGCCAUCGGCACGUUGGGCUCGCUGGUGAAAUCGGAGCCGAGCGUAAGUCCUCCCGUUACAGUUCACUCUCGAGCCCCUUGUCCCGGAGACUUGCGAGAGAUGAUAAGCAUGUAUUUACCGGCGGCGGAGGCAGGGGACCCGUCCGUUCAGAGCAGACUUCACGCUGUACCGCAGCACUAUCAAAGUUCCGCGACGAGCGUAAACGGAACCGUUCCUCUGACACACAUAUGAAAAGAUUCGCAACUACUCAUUCAGACUCAAAUAACCAAAUAUUUACCUCUUUUAGAGCAUAACUACCUUUUUUUGUACAGAAUGUCUGUUCUUGUAAAUUUGAAGGUGAUACUAUUUAAAUAUGAUACUUAAACUGAAGGGUGUCCUUGGGAUGUUGUCUGAAUAAUUUGUCUGAAAUUACACAAUAUGCGUGAGUUUUACAUAUUUGAGAGGGAUUAAUUCUUCUUUUGUAUGUGUGUGUGUGUGUGUGUGUGUGAGAGAGAGAGAGAGAGAGAGAGAGAGAGAGAGAGAGAGACAGCGAUUGAGAUGGUUCUGUGUUUAAGACAUGAAAAAGAGUGAGUGUUACAGUGUAAAAUAUAUUAAAAUUACAACGUUUUUAAAGUUUUCUAGGAUUUUUCUCGAUCCCACUUUGAUUUGUCAACACGUGAGUUACUGUAUUCGAUCUAUUCCUUAUUUGUUUGUUGUAUUUUUCCUUGUACAUUGUGAAUAUAUUACAGAGAAGGAUUGAUACACAUUUGUAAAUAUAAUCCGGAUUUGCCAUGAAAAAAGGAAAACGUUUUGCAUUGAUGUGAGAAGAAUAAAUAUCACUGCUUUUGCUCUGAUUCUGGAAAGUUAGUUUGCUGUCUUGUUUUGCUUUUUUAUCCCAUGGGACUCGCGAUUAAGCUGGUGGAAACAGAGUUAAUGUUCCAAUGUGAUAACAUUUAUACUUCUGUAUAAAACACGAAACGGGGCAUAUUUAGU